GCACGCACUUGUUGGUGCGAAUCACUCAACGUAUUUACUACGUAAUAAGCGAAAAGGGAAAAAAAUUGAGAAUGAAAGAGGAAUAGUUUCUUCUCUUUGGUGUAUUCUCACACAACCACAAUUACACAUCCACCAUGAACCAAAGGACCAGCGACGAUCAUCAUCGCUGCUCAGUUGACCAAUGACCAGUCAAGCAACAGUCGCGCCCGCGCGAACUCUUCGGUGCUCUUCGGUCCUCCGCUCAUACUCGACGAAGUUGUUAACACUCUUUUUCUCAUGUGGAAAAAUAAUUUUUUUUUCGAAUUUGUGUGAAAACGAGGAUUUUCGACCAAGUGGAUUUUAGACUGGAUUUUUUUCUUUAAGUGGAUUCCAUACCUGUACAAAGUCUUCAAUUAAAAAUGGCGUUACCGGCCACUUUCAAGAGACGCUUCUCAAAACAUGCACUUACAUUUUCAACUGUUGUGGGUGUAAUUGCUGGAAUUGCACUUGGUUUUAUUUUGCGAACUACUGCAAAAGAACCAUACACACCACGAGAAAUAAUGUACAUUGACUUUCCGGGGCAUAUGUUUCUUCGGAUGUUAAAAGGUCUCAUAUUGCCACUCAUAGUUUCCAGUAUCAUUAGUGCUAUUGGUAAUCUGGAUUUAAGUUUAUCUGGAAAGAUCGGUAGGCGGUCGAUAUACUAUUACGCUACGACAACAAUAAGUGCUGUGAUUUUGGGUAUAUUUUUGGUCUUAACAAUUCGUCCCGGUGAUUUCAGAAAUUCGGGUUGUACUCAAUCCCAAGAGCUAAUAAGAAAUAUUUCUCUGAAAUAUGAUACAACAACUGAAAUACAGGAAGCCUGCAAAAUUUAUCAGUCAGAAAAAUUAAAUGUGCAACAUAAUAUUACGACUACAGAUACGUUGAUGGAUUUAGUAAGAAACAUAUUUCCGACGAAUCUGGUGGAAGCAUGUAUCCAACAAGACAGAACAGAAUUGCAUUAUCCGAAAAAUGCGACUGCUAACACAACGUUUUACGAAUAUGACAUUAAGUUCAGCCACUCGAGUAGUACAAAUACUCUGGGUCUUGUAAUUUUUAGCAUAAUAUUUGGUAUUACUAUUGCUAAAAUGGGACCUGAAGCAAAACCACUUUUAGAUUUUUUUAAUGCUUUAGCAGAAGCCAUGAUGGUUAUUACAAAUUGGGUCAUCUGGCUUUCUCCUGUUGGUGUGAUGUUUUUGGUUACAUCAAAAUUGAUCGAGAUCAAAGACAUUAGUCAGAUUGUUGGUCAAUUAGGACUUUAUUUUGUAACUGUAUUAUUGGGAUUAACCAUCCAUGGAUUCGUUACCCUCUCGGUGAUAUUUUUUGUUUGUACAAGGGAAUUGCCCUUUAAAUCUAUUAGAAAAAUGGGGCAAGUUAUAGUCACUGCGUUUGGAACAGCAUCAAGUUCCGCCACCUUACCAAUUACCCUUCAAUGUUUGGACAAAAUGGGAGCAGAUCCUAGAAUAACGAGGUUUGUGGUACCAAUUGGUGCAACAAUUAACAUGGAUGGUACUGCUCUUUACGAAGCAGUUGCAGCUAUUUUUAUUGCUCAAGUACGACAAAGGAGUCUCUCUUUUGUGAACGUAAUCGCAAUCAGUAUAACAGCCACAGCUGCUAGUAUAGGAGCUGCUGGAAUUCCACAAGCAGGUCUUGUAACAAUGGUAAUGGUGUUGGAUACCGUAGGUUUACCAGCAGACGAUGUGACGUUAAUUCUUGCAGUCGAUUGGCUUUUGGAUCGAUUCCGGACGACUAUCAAUGUCGUAUGCGAUGCUUUGGGAGCUCUCAUUAUCGAAAAAAUGAGUAAAGGAGACCUCAAGGAUAUAGUACCAAAUGAAGACAUUGACCUAGAACUUGCUCAUAUGAGAAAAGCCGAAGAAUGAACUUCGUGGAAAUAAUUCCAAAUUUUUUAAUCUUUUCACCAUGAGUAUCUUUACCAAGAAACUGUUGCGCUACUUUUUCGACAAUCAUUUGCAGAUUUCUUGCCAAGUUUCGAAACUUCAUUUAGCAACAAUUACUAAAAAGCUGCUUAUUUUAUUUAAAAAAAAAAAAAAAACAUU